AUGGGAGAUGUUAAGAGAUUUGUUGUCUCGUAUGGUGGUAGAUUCAUCAACAUAGACGACGGGUGGAAGUGGUUAGCGAACCGAACAACAUCAAUUGUUGUUCGACAUGAUAUUACAUAUGAAGAGCUUGUACAUAAAUUAUUCGAGAAACUGAAUGUUGAUAGAAUGAAGUUCCGAAUUCAAUUGAAAUUUACAGUUCCGAACUUGAAUAUACCCCUUGCUGAUGUAGUCGACGAUGAGGAUUUGCAAUGGUUUAUGUCUGUUCACACAGAAGCAGCGUUGUGUGUAAUUGCAGAUGAAUAUAAUGCUGGAGAGCACGAACUGCAUGUCGGAGUUGAGCAUUUGUCACCAAUAGAAGAUGCAUUGUGUGGACGCGAUGAAGUCGAGGACAUUGUAGAGAAUCAGAUAUUCUUUAGCAAACAACAGUUACACACAAGGCUUCAACUUAAGGCUUUGAAAGAGAAGUUUCAUUUCAAGGUUAAAAAGUCGAAUCCUAGAUCUCUUACUGUGUGUUGUGUCGAUACUACAUGCCAUUGGCUAGUACGAGCUUCUAAGAUAAAAACUUCAGAAAUAUUUACGAUUCGAGAGUACAUACCUGAGCACACAUGUUCUCUAGACGUUCGACGAAAUGCACAAAUUCACGCAAUGAGUGCAGUAAUUGGGCUUCACAUAAUGCGAAGGUUGGAUGAUGCAAACCAAUCAUACGUUCCUGCGGGUAUUAUUAGGGAUAUGGAACGUGAGUUUGGUGUACGAAUUACCUACAACAAAGCGUGGAGGGCUAAAGAGAAGGGACUUCAAUUUCUUCGUGGUACACCUGAAGAAAGUUUCCAGAAAUUGCCAUCAUAUUGUCACAUGUUAACCGAGAAAAAUCCAGGAACUAUUGCACACAUUGAACUCGACUCGAAUAAUAGGUUCUUGUACUUCUUCUUAGCAUUCGGGCCUAGUGUACGUGGUUUUCGAGAAUACAUGAGGCCAGUAAUUUGUGUUGAUGGAAGUCAUUUGAAGGGCCAAUAUAAGGGAAUACUACUAGUAACUGCAGCGCAAGAUGCUAACCUACAAAUAUAUCCUCUUGCGUGGAGUGUUGUCGAUGGGAAAACAAAUGUAUCGUGGUAUUGGUUAUUUGCAAAGUUGAAAGAUGUCGUUGAUGAUUCAAACCAGCUAGUAAUUGUGUCGGACAGGAAGAAGAGUAUUAAGCGGGCAAUUACGAGGUUGUUCCCAUUUUCUCACCACGGUGCCUGCAUCUGGUCUAUCGAGAAAAAUCUUAUUGCUAGGUAUAGCAGUAGCAAUGUCAUCUUCUUAUUCAAGCGGGCAGCGCUAGCAUACCGCGUAUCGAAAUUUGAUCAGUUCAUGACACAGAUAAGAACCAUUCCACCGUCAAUGGCAUCUUACUUGGAACGUGUCGGUAUAUCCACCUGGUCACGGGCACAUUUUGUUAGUAAUCGGUACAACGUUAUGACGAAUAACAUUGCGGAGUCACUGAAUUCAAUCCUAAGAUGA